GAAAGCUCUGCGAGCGCUCUUCGGGAGGCAGGGCUGCUCGGGCUCGCAGCAGGGCCGCUGUGGGCUCUCUGUACUCCCAGCUUCAACGUCUCGGGCGGCCGAGUCUCUACUGGUGGCUGAAUUCCUAGACCCUGCUAAACAUUUACCAUUUUGGAAUUUAAAGUAUGACAUCAUGGCAAAGUUUCGAAGAAGGACUUGCAUCACUUUGUCACUUUUUAUUCUAUUUAUUUUCUCUCUGAUGAUGGGUUUAAAAAUGCUGAGACCACAUAAAGCUGCUUUUGGAGAUCCUUUUGGACUUGACCUUCUUCCAGAAAUUCGGCAACAAACUCCUCAUUUGGUAAAAACUUUUGAUUCCCAAAAGAGUGACAGAAUCGACAGUGAAACAAACGUCAAGAAUUUAAAAAGUGUUGAAAUCACUAUGAAACCUUCCAAAGCCUCUGAACCUUACCCAGAAGAACUGCCACCUCGGAAUUAUUUUUUACAUGUAUUUUAUUACAGCUGGUAUGGAAAUCCACAAUUUGAUGGUAAAUAUAUACAUUGGAACCAUCCAAUCCUCUCGCAUUGGGACCUUAGAAUAGCCAAGAAAUAUCCACAAGGGAAACACAACCCCCCAGAUGACAUUGGCUCCAGCUUUUACCCAGAGUUGGGAAGUUACAGCUCUCGGGAUCCUUAUGUCAUUGAAACGCACAUGAAACAAAUGUACUCAGCUUCAAUUGGUGUACUAGCCCUAUCUUGGUACCCACCUGACUCAAAUGAUGAGAAUGGAGAACCUACUGAUAACUUGGUACCAACUAUUUUGGAUAAAGCUCAUAAAUAUAAUCUGAAGGUCACUUUUCAUAUUGAACCAUAUAAGAAUCGAGAUGAUAAAAACAUGUACCAAAAUAUCAGAUACAUUAUAGACAAAUAUGGAAAUCAUCCUGCCUUUUACAGGUACAAGACUAAGAAUGGCAGUGCUCUUCCACUGUUUUAUGUCUAUGAUUCCUAUAUCACAACAGCUGAAAAAUGGGCCAAUCUGUUAACCAGCUCAGGGUCUCAGAGCAUUCGCAACUCUCCUUAUGAUGCAUUGUUUAUUGCACUUCUAGUAGAAAAAAAACAUAGAUAUGAAAUUCUUCGAGGUGGUUUUGAUGGAAUUUAUACGUAUUUUGCCACAAAUGGCUUUACUUACGGCUCAUCCUAUGAGAACUGGGCUAAGCUAAAAUUUUUUUGUGAUCAGUUCGACCUAAUGUUCAUCCCAAGUGUGGGCCCAGGAUACAUAGAUACCAGCAUCCGUCCGUGGAACACUCAAAACACUCGCAACCGAGUCAAUGGGAAAUAUUAUGAGGAUGCUCUGAGUGCUGCACUCCAAGCCCACCCCAGUAUAAUUUCCAUCACCUCUUUUAAUGAGUGGCAUGAAGGAACUCAGAUUGAAAAAGCUGUUCCCAAAAGAAUCAGUAAUACCGUGUACCUGGAUUACCGGCCUCAUAAACCAAGUCUUUAUCUAGAUCUAACUCGUAAGUGGUCUGAAAAAUACAGUAAGGAAAGAGCAACUUACUCAUUCGAUCACCAGCUACCUGUUUCUUAAUGCAUUGAUUAAAGUUUAAUAAUUAUAGAUAUCACCUAAUUUCAAUACAUUCCUUUUGUUUUGAGUUAUGGAAAGAAAACUAUCAAAGUCAGUAUGUACUAUUAUCUCUAAUAAAAAUAAUUUGUACAUUUUUAAAGGUAGUAAUA